CUUACUGCGUUGUCUUUUAUAUUCACAGGUAUAUUUUGAAAACGAUAAUUCUGGGCCAGAUACUCUCCUUGUUUAUCUGUGGGACUGCUGUUACAAGCCAGUACCUAGCAGAAAAAUACCAAGUGAACACUCCAAUGUUUCAAAGUUUUAUCAACUAUUCUUUGCUUCUUCUAGUUUAUACAACAAUGCUGGCAUUUAGGACUGGCAGUGAUAGUCUUUGGCAAAUUUUGAAACAGAGGUGGUGGAAGUAUAUUUUUUUGGGACUGGCUGAUGUUGAAGCCAAUUACAUGAUUGUAAAAGCAUACCAAUACACGACCCUCACAAGUGUGCAGCUGCUGGACUGUUUUGGGAUUCCUGUGCUGAUGGCUUUGUCGUGGUUCAUUCUCCGUGCAAGAUACAGGCUGAUCCAUUUUCUUGCUGUUGCCGUCUGUUUGCUGGGUGUUGGAACAAUGGUGGGUGCAGACAUUUUGGCAGGGAGGCAGGACAGCGAAGGUAGUGACGUGGUGAUUGGAGAUGUCUUAGUGCUUCUUGGUGCUUCUUUGUAUGCCAUUUCUAAUGUGAGUGAGGAAUACAUUGUGAAAAAUCUGAGCAGAGUGGAGUUUCUAGGAAUGGUGGGCUUGUUUGGGACUAUUAUCAGCGGUCUACAGCUAGCCAUUGUGGAACAUAGGGAGAUAAUGAGAAUUCAAUGGAACUGGAAAAUUGCAUUACUGUUCACAGUCUUUGCCCUGUGUAUGUUUGGGCUGUACAGCUUCAUGCCAGUCGUGAUUAAAGUUACCAGCGCAACCUCGGUCAACCUGGGUAUUCUGACUGCGGAUCUCUACAGUCUGUUCUUUGGGCUUUUCCUCUUUUUCUAUAAGUUUUCAGGUCUUUAUAUCCUGUCCUUCGUUAUCAUCAUGGUGGGCUUCAUCUUGUAUUGCUCCACUCCAACUCGGACAGCAGAACCUACCGCCUUGCCACAGCCCAGCAGCACCGGCUUGGACAACGCUGCACUAAAGCUCGAGGAGAAUGACAAUGAAACUCCAACCAUAACUGUACAGUUCACAAGAGGAGAAACUGUGGUGGUCAGCACUGAUUAAAGAAAUGGCAGCAUUUCAAAAUAGAGCUUUUUUUUUAACUGCCAAGUUUCCCUCAAAUAUUAAUCCGGAGAAUUGUUCUGCUGCCAAGGCAUAUGU